UAAUCGGCCUUAAUGGUACUUUCCAGGAAGUCCUGUGCAAUGUGUAAUCCAGUGUUUUCUCGGGUCUUUGUGCACAAAUAUACGUUGUGUAAACGACGUAUUUGGUUUUUGUAAAACGACCAAACACUUUGUGACACAUGGCAGCUUCUUCACAGAAAAAACAAAUAGCUUAGAGUUCGGCAGCAGCUGAAUAGCGGUACCUGCUCUUCGGAGUUAUCAUGCCAGACUGCUUCUGUCUGUGCGCGGUCCUACUGGGUCUCCUCAUUUUAACAUUAGCAGGUUGUAUAUUUUACUCAGGACUCCUAGCGGAUAUCACUGUGAAAACUUGCUGUCCUGCCUUUAAUAAGCUGACUUUCGCCUAUAAAUUCAAAGAAGGCGCAUAUAAAGACAGCGGGGAACUUUUAAAGGAGGCUCGCUGCAUUGGACUUGGACUCGGACUCCCAUGUCUUGGAGUGUUUUAUGAAGACCCUAAAAAGAUAUCUGCUCCACUUUGCCGCUACGCGGUUGGCUGUAUUCUGAGUGAGGGCGAAAACAAAGUUGAUGAGGAACUUCUGAAGCAAUGCAAGUCAUCAGGGUUUAGUGUCUUCUCCUUCCCCCAAGUCACCCACGUGAUUUCUACCUCAUUCCGUCACACGGCGCUUUUUUCUACGUACUUCAGAGUGAGACGAGUCUACCCACAGCUGGAGCGCUACAUCAAGGAACGAAGGCUUUGCGCUCACCCUUUCCUCGAGCUCUACAGAGAUGGUCAGAUCCAGUUCAUUGUCCCUCUGGCUCGGCAGGGGGAUUUUUAUGUGCCUGAGGUGCGGCAGACAGAGAGGAGGCUGUCAGAACAAGAGGAAUUUCACAGUGAUACUGACGUCUCAGGUGCAGACUCCAACAGCGAAUACAGUUCUGGGAGCGGCGUUCUGCUUUCAGACAGCAGAGAGACGUCAUCGGAGGCGUCCUCCGUCCGCUCUGUGCCCGUCCGAGAUCAAGGGAGUGGAGACAACAAAGGGGGGAGCUCUGGGGCAGCCCAGUUUAAAGAACCGAAGUGGGAGUGGAGUGGCGGAGUUCAGAAAGGGAGAGGACAACAUGGAGAGUCCAAAGAGGAGAGCCUGGAGGUCUCCACGGAGAAGUUGUGGGGCGUCGUUGGAGAGGAGGAGUAAAGAUUCAGUGAGACCUAUAAGCUGAGGAAGAAAAAAAAAUGGCUGCUGCACUGUAUGUUGUUUUUAAAGAGCAAUUCUUAUCAAAAACCAAAACCACCA